AUGUUAAAUCCAUAUCUGAUAACUAAUUACAAGUUUAAAGAAAGCGAAUUUUUAAUAAAACUAUUCACUGAUAUUAAUAAUUCUUUAGAAUUAGUGCUCGUGCAUAAUAUCUCCAAAGAUGAAUGGCGUGGAUUUUACAAUUGCUCCUAUAUAGAGAAUAUGACUCAAAAAACUGGUAAUUACAAACAAUUUGAUAUUUUUGUCACAAUGUUAAGUGCUGGAUUAUUAAAUACCAGUGAUAGUAUAAAAUUAGAGCUUUUAACAUUCAAAGAUUUAAAAGAAUUACAUCACAACAAAACAUUUGCACGAUCCGAAAGAAUAGAUCUUACUUCAAAAACCAAUAAGAGAUAUUUAAUAUUGACAUACACUGUUGAAUUUGAUGAAAUCAAUUAUCCAUUACCCUUAGAAUAUAUAGGUCCACCAGAUCCAAAAACACAACAGAAAAUAAUAUACAAACUAGAAUCUAGAUUGAGAAGUAUAAAACAAAUCUUACAAAAUGGCAAAACUGAAACGGCUGUGAUAAAUAAAUUAAAAAUGGAAAAUAAAAAUUUAAAUGCCGAAAAUAUUUUGCUCAAGCAAAAGCUCAAAACAAUGCAAAGCAAUACUAAAUCCAAAAAAAACAUGAUUUUGCAAAAAGCAUUGAUUAAACUUGAGAAAAGUAUAACUUUAGAACGAGAAACACAUCAUCAGUUAGUUCAAAAGUUAAGACUUAACAAUUCACGCCUAAAACAGGAACUGAACAUUACAAAGCGCAAUGAAAAAAUAUUGCUAACUAAGUUGAAAGAAAAUAGUGAUGUCUUACGUUCCAUAAACAGGAAUUAUAAUUAUGGUAAUAAGACGAAUGCGGGUGGAGAACAUGGAUCAAGAAAAUUGACUCAAAUUUAUCCGAGAAAAACUAGAUGUCAUUCAGAAUCUCCGGAUGGAGUACGUACUUCAAGAAGAUUCAGUCAAACUAAUUCUACCAAAAGUAGAAGCCAUUCACAAUCAUCUAACUCCUCAAGAAAAUCUAUAUUUACUUUGACAUCAGAUAAAAGAUCUAGAUCUUCCUCUGUGGGACAUUGCUACUCUCUAAAUAGCUUACAAAAUUUUAGUUGCAAUUCUGCAAGUACCAGACGAUCAUGUAGCUUGAGAAAUCUUUCAAAUUGCAAAAUAAGCAGCUCGAGUAAUUCAUUAGCAAACCAUAGAGCAAGAAGUAGAAGCUUGGAAAAUACAAAAAACCCUAAACUCAAAAACGUAGUAAACAGAUGCAAUAGAUCAAUGAGUAUUCAAGAAGGAUUAAAGAAGCAGCAACAACUUUCUGCUGUUAGAAAAUUAUUUUGA